AUGAGAACAACUCUGGGCAAGCCUGUAAAUGACAAGGGACCCAUAGACACGUGUGCAGAGAACAUUCUGGGCCAGAAAAAACAACAAAUACCAGAGGUUUCUGUGGAGAGAAAACGGCAGGGGUGUCUUCAAGCCACGGCCCAGGCAGGGCACGGCAGCAAUGGCCUUGUAAGAGUGAAACUGCCCUGGGGCCUGUCAUGUGCCUGCCACCCUGGCAUGGGCACCAGUGGCUCCAAAGCUCGGAGCCUGUGGCUCUUCGCCUUGGGGCGGGGAGGCCUUGGCCCAGAGGUCACUGACCAACUUUGGGGCAACUGCAAGGCCCGAGUCGUGCCCCACUUUGUAUUCAUGAGCCACAGCUCCACGUUCUAUGACAAGGAUGGGGAUCUGGCUCACGAAUUCCUUGAAGAGACAAUUGUCACCAAGAACAGGCAGAAGCAGGCCAAGUUGAGGCGGGUGAAUUAA